UCGGAGCCGACACAUUCACAUGUCGACACAACUCUCUCUGCUGCCCACCUGUCAGUCAUCUCGCUCGCUCAUCUCCGAUUCCACCGCAAUCUCCAUCUGCGCCGGCGCCAUGCGUCUCGGCCGCCGGGCGAUCUUCCCCCUCGUCCGCACCACCACCACCACGACGUCGGCCGCGUCUUCACCCCCGGCGUUGCUGAGUGUCGGCCACGUGCUGCGCGAGCGGCGGCGCUUCACGGAGGCGGACGUGGCGGCGUACGCGGCGGUCAGCGGCGACCGCAACCCGGUGCACCUCGACGACGCCGUCGCUCGGGAGCUGGGCGGGUUCCAGCGCCGCCGCGUCGUGCACGGGAUGCUCGUGGCCUCCCUCUUCCCUUCCAUCAUCGCCGCCCGCUUCCCUGGCGCGGUGUAUGCGAGCCAGACCCUCAAGUUUGCCUCGCCGGUGUACGUCGGAGAUGAGGUGGUCGCUCGAGUUCAGGCACUCCACAUCAGGACCACGACGGCGAACAGCACCACGGCAAGCCGAUACGUGGUCAAGUUCGCGACCAAAUGCUUCACAGAUGAAGAGGAGGGCUCUCUUGCGAUCGAAGGGGAAGCCAUGGCUGUCCUACCCACACUGGAGCUCAGCUCUGAUUCAACUACCAAGUAGUAAUAAAAAGGUGACGAAUGCUGUUGCUUAAUUGUAGUACUAGUACAAGUUGCACAAUGCACAAGCUAUGUUGCAAAUCAGAACAUCUUGUGCUGCCCUUCAGAAAUUUUUUGUAUCCUACAUGAAAAUCCCUCUCCUCACUAACGCUGCUUAUGGUGUACACUGGAAUGUGUGUGAAUUGAGCUUAUUAUAGCAGUCACACUUUUUGCAAGGACAGUGAAGUAAACCUGUUGCUUUCUCUAUGAAUCCAGGUGAGUGUGUUUAGUGGGCCAA